CUAGCUCCGAGUCGGGGGGUAGUCAGGGAGCCUCGGGGUCGGCUCUGCCUAGGCCAGCCGAUGCUGGCCCUCCGGGCCCAUCGGGCUUGGAGGAGCGAGUGCCUCUGGCACUCAGCUGGUCGGUGUUCGAGGGCGAUUCAGCCCUCGAAAACCCUCGAGUGGCGCGCGAAGUUUUUCGGAUCGCGCUGCUCCCGGCCGACCGGGCCCUGAUCCAGUCCAUGAGCUACAAUGCUUUCAUGGACUCUACCCGCUGCAACGCCGUCCGGCAUUUGCACGAGACAGAGAUGCUGAUGCACAUCACCCACGACUACCGGGAGCGGGCCCGGAGGUAUCAGCGUGGGUAUGACGAGGCCCAGGCGAGGUACCUGGCCGCCGAGGCGAGGUACCAGGCCUCCGAGGCCGAACGUCAGGUGCUCCAGGAAAAAGUAGGAGCAUCCGAGGAAAGGGUUCGAGCUCUCACCGCCGAGCUCGACGAAGAAAAGGGCGCGCAUACGUUGGCGAGGUCCGAACUGCGCGCCGCGGAAGCUCGUCUGGCUGCCGCCGAACUGGCGCUGGCGUCCCGCGAGCAGGAGGUGGAGAACGCCCGCCUUCGCCACUUAGAGCUCGAGCGGGGAUUGAAUAACCUCGAGCGGAAGGCCGCAUAUCAUGAGGCUCGGGAGCUCGAGGCCCGGGAGCAAGCUCAGAACGCGGUGAGGCUCUUCCGCGAGUCGGAGGAGUUUCACGACCUCCUAGCAGAGGAGGGCGUGAAUGGGCUAAUCCAAGGCUUCCGGGAUUUCCGUAAUCAAUUGCGGCGGCUCCUCCCGGAUUUUGACGUGAACCUGCUCCAACCGGGAGCAGGGGUCGAGAGGGGUGAUGCGGCCGAGGCGAUCCCCGAAGUCACCGAGGUCGCCUCCGAGGUCGCUCCUGCUGCUGCCGAGGCCGCCGAAGAGGCCCCGAUUGGUGAACCAGCUACUCCUGGUGCUGCUGGAGCCGAAGUAGUCGAGCUUGAGACUUGAUGUAAUUUUUGUUGUUUUUUGUAAAGUCGGGACGGCCCCCCAUACUUGUAGGGGCUAAACCCGAAUUUUUGUACUUAGCCUACGGGCCUUUUUUGAAAUGAAUAUACUUUCUUGGAAACUCGUCUACUAAGUUUCUCUGCUCGGAUCUAUUUUAGGUUCCGAGGGUAUGGGCUCUA